AUGGCAUCCUGGGAGCAGCCAUCACCAAUGAUCAAGUUCGAGGACUCGCCUGCCGAGUCUUUUGUUUCCACACCUGGCGAGAUAUAUCCCUCGCUAUUCGGCGACGCAACCGUCGUCAAUGAUGAUACUCUCGAUCCCUCCGACACGAUGACACCGCCGCCCUUCAACGAUGACGGUGGUCUUCCUGCAUCUACGGCUUCGACCCCGGCUCCUGACGGUGCAGGAUCAUCGUCUCCGGAUAAGAAGCAAACAAAGAAGCGGAAGUCAUGGGGCCAGGUUCUUCCUGAGCCCAAGACAAACCUUCCUCCUAGGAAACGCGCCAAGACAGAAGACGAGAAGGAACAACGCCGCGUUGAGCGGGUUCUUCGCAACCGUCGAGCCGCCCAGUCAUCCCGUGAGCGAAAGCGACUGGAGGUUGAAGCUCUGGAACGACGCAAUAAAGAGCUUGAGUCGGCUCUCCAGAACGUCACCAAAGCAAAUCAGUUGUUGGUGGAUGAACUGAACAAGUUCCGCCGUGACUCCGGCAUGUUGACCCGUUCAACGUCUCCCAACGAUCCCCUACACAAGAACUCGGUGACCUUGUCCCAAGAGCUCUUCAGCUCCCACGACGGCCACCGCGCUUCACUAGACGAGACUAAGUCCCUCGUCGACGACCUCAUGACCACAUCUCAACCCAACGCCACUGUCAACCCCGCAUCGCUCUCUCCAGAACUCUCACCAAUCGCUGAGGGUACUGAGGAGACCGGUGAGGAGCAGCCAACGGCCGAGACCUCUGUUGCGAAGUCUACCUCCGACCUGACACAACGUCCUGCAGCGAUGUUUUUGUCAGCGGCCCUUGACGCAGAUCGCUAUGUCCUUGAAAGCGGGCUUCUCUCUUCCCCCAACUCCCUCGAUUAUGAACACGAUUAUCUGGUUGGUGACUCUACCUUCCUCCAAGACCCGUUCGACAUCAAUGAGUUCCUCCACGAUGACGUCAACGGCGCAGCCGUCGCAGCGGACCCGGAUUUCGGCCGCGACCUCACCCACUCUGAGACUCAAGUCUCUUCAGAGAAUCCUAACCUGCAGCCCCACUCUGGCGCGUCCGCUCAUGGAUGCGACGAUGGAGGCAUUGCGGUUGGUGUCUGA